AUGGCCCCAACAAGCCAAAUGACCUACCAGAAGGACGAGAGGGUUCUCUGUUUUCAUCAUGAAAUUCUGUACGAGGCCAAGAUCCUUGACCUGAGGCAUACAGACCCAGAGGACCGUAAGAGUCCUUAUGAGUAUCUAGUCCACUACAAGGGCUGGAAGAAUACCUGGGAUGACUGGGUUCCCCAAGACCGCCUUCGUAAAUUCACGGAGGAAAACAGAGAAUUAGCCACCACUCUUCGUCGUGAGGCAGAGGCUGCAUUCCGCCAGAAGAGCACCAAAGCCUCUGUCAAGAAGAGGGGAGGCUCCGACCGCAGUUCCGCCCGAGGCAGCGAGGAAAGGCAAACCUCAGUGCCUGGCCGCGGAACCAAGAGAGCUCGUGACAACGAUAUCGAAAAGGAGGAGAGCUUUUACGUGCGGCCUUCAGUAAGGAUCGUAAUGCCAGACAAUUUGAAGUCUCUCCUAGUGGACGAUUGGGAAAAUGUCACCAAGAACCAGCAAGUCGUGGCCUUGCCUGCCAAGUCCCCGGUCAAUCAGAUCCUGGACGACUACGUCAAUGAGGAGAAGCCCAAGCGCACAAGCUCGGCUGAUACGGACGUCCUUGAAGAAGUCGUCAUGGGUGUGCGUGAAUACUUCGACAAAGCGCUUGACAAGGUCCUCCUUUACCGGUUUGAACGCGAGCAGUACCGGGCUCUCCGCAAAAAGUGGGAGGCAGGCUCGGGCGACUACGCCGACAAGGGACCACUCGACAUCUACGGUGCAGAGCACCUGACUCGUCUUUUUGCAACCAUGCCCGAGCUCAUCGCACAAACAAAUAUGGACCUCCAGUCAACGAAUAGACUCCGUGAAGAACUGUCCAAGUUCACCAUCUGGCUGAGCAAGAACUCCAGCCGAUACUUUGCCACGAGAUACAUGACUGCGAGCAAUGAAUACAUCGAGAAGUCGCGUGGCGUUCCGAAUCCAACUCCUGGGACUGCGACAUCGCGUUUAGUCUAG